AAGCUGUAGUCACGUUUAGGGAAGAAUCAUAGAGAUAGGAAAGAAAGGACGGGAAUAGUUCCUUUGGGUGUGAACUGUGUUCGCCCUCGCCGCCCCCCAGGCACUUCCUCGGUUGCUCCUUGUCGGUCGAAGCGGCCCGUGCAUUUGUUUCCCUCAAAGGCGCGGCGAUGAGCGAAGAGGUGGAGGCGGCCGGUGAGGGGCUGGGCGAGGGAGAGCAGGAGGACGUCGACGAUGAAGCAGCGAUAGCGGGUCUGGAAGCCCCGGGCUGCUCCGGGGAAAACUCCCGCUUCGAAGCGGGAAGCCGCUCAGAGUCCAGCAACGAAGAGAUGGAGGAGGAGGAGGAAGAAGAAGAGGAAGAGGAAGAAGAGGUGGAGGAAGCAGCAGCAGCAGCAGCUCUAGGAGGGGGGUCCACGGACCCCUUCGGGGGUUUUGGGAUGGAGGAAGGCGAAGAUGAGGAUGAGCGCAUGAUUAACCUCUCUGAGCUGACACCAUAUAUAAUGUGUUCUAUCUGCAAAGGGUACUUCAUAGAUGCCACAACCAUUACAGAGUGCCUUCAUACAUUCUGUAAAAGCUGCAUAGUAAGACAUUUUUACUACAGUAACAGAUGCCCAAAAUGCAACAUUGUAGUACAUCAGACGCAACCCCUUUAUAAUAUCAGGCUGGAUCGACAGUUGCAAGACAUAGUGUAUAAAUUAGUUGUCAGCUUGGAAGAAAGAGAGAAAAAGCAAAUGCAUGAUUUCUACCGAGAGAGAGGUUUGGAAAUACCUAAGCCUGCUGUUCCACAGCCAAUUGCUAUAGCCAGGGGGAGGCCCCGUAAAGUUGUAGGCUCGGUUUUCCGUAUCCCUCCAGAGCUUGACAUGUCACUACUCCUCGAGUUCAUUGGAGCUAAUGAUCUGUCUGGGAAAUUUAAGCCACUGGAAAAGAAGUUUGUACGGGUUUCAGGAGAGGCAACAAUUGGACAUGUGGAGAAAUUUCUCAGAAGAAAGAUGGACCUUGAUCCUGGCUGCCAGGUAGACAUAAUAUGUGGUGAUCACCUGCUGGAACACUAUCAGACUUUGAGGGAAAUCCAGCGAGCUCUAGGGGAGAGUGCAGUGCAGGAUGGCUUACUUGUACUUCACUAUGGUCUGAUUCUUAGCAGAGAUCCCACACUUUCAAGGAUUUGUUAAAAUCCAACAUGGAGGGGCUUUGAAGAAACAAAUGAUCCUCAUUCUGGGAAGUGCAUGAUGAACAUUAAUGCACAGUUUUCGCUCUGCAUAGUAAGUUAGAAUCAGAAAAAGGAAUGCUGUACAGUAAGUACAGCUAUAAAUACUGCAGUGCUAUUAUGUCAUUAACACCUAGCUAGUUCGGGGAAGAGCAAAUGUGUCAAGAUGACUGGAUUUGUCUUAAAUGUGGUUUGUGUAUUUUGCAGCACUCCCAGCUGACUCCCAGGACUUAAGCUUGAAACCAGUAUUUAUCUGAAAGACAGUUUCACUGGUGUUCUCAGGGAUUAUCUCCAGUGUGCAGUGUUUAAUUGGAAAAGAUGUGUUCUUCUCAGAGACGUUUAUUGUACACUAAUGGUCUUGGUUUAGAAAUAGGAAAAGGAAGCCUUUCAGUUGUGUGCCUAAAAUGGGGGGGAUAAUCACCUUUCAAAAAACCGCAAGCAUUGUAUCUCAUGGUUUAUGUGAGUAAUAGCAUUAAAAUAUGCAAUAUGCUAUAAAUUAGUUAAAAUUGGAGAGAAAUUGUGUGCAUGUUAACUAGACACCAGAAUACCGGUGCUACUCACACAGCGUGGAUGUGACAGUAGAUUGCACAGGGCUGCCUUUGAGGUCCCUUUGGAAGGCAUCAUGCAACUGAUUACAUUCCUAUUGAAGACAAUAACCAGACUUUGUUUUACGAAAGUCUGUCAGAAGGACGGCAGUAACCUUUCUCUAUCCCCUGCUACUUUCCUUUAAGCCCACUUCUUCUGGUUUGCAGUCACUACCAUGUGUGCCUUUGUCCCUUGCAGCCUCUGUCAUAGCUCCCCUUAUUGCAAAUGUUCCACUAUAUUCUACUCCCUCCCCCAGCUUUUGUUUUGCUGCCUUUGUAGAAAAUGACUAUGUCUGUCCCCUUCCAUGCAUAUGAGCUUGAGACAACGCCCUGUGUUUCCCAGCCAGUAGUAGUAAUGCCCUGUGAACAAUAAAAAAAGCUCUGGUUAAACAACAACACAAUGAAGGAGUUCAUUUUUAACAUUUUCUGUAACCUAGCCACAGCAAUGGUCUUAUUACAAAGAUUUCAUUAAACCUUGCUAUACAAUGCUUAGAAUUCAACUUUUGCAGACCCAGAAUCCACCAUUAAGCCAAACACGCACCUGGGGAUCCAUUUCAUAGUUUUCAACCAAAAAUUUGUCUAGUAUUGCUGCUGUUGUGACCUCCCUUAGACCAGGCUGUGAUAUAAUAGUGCAAGUGUGAGAAACCCAUGGCCCUUUAGAUGACCUUGGACUCCAACUCCCAUCAGCCCCAGCCCGUGGGGCCAGUGGAGACGGAUGGUGGGAAUUGUAAUCCAGCAAGAUCUGGAGGGCCACAAGUUCCCCACCCCUGUGAUAGUGGUUCCCAAACCACCAGAUGAAGAUCAUUGGCUUAAUCCAUUAUCACAUAGGCAGCAAACAAAGUUUAUGCAAUUGGAGGGAUAGAUGGAAGACGCACUACUGAUGCAACUCCCGUGCCUCUAUAGAAGGUGUCAGAUUUUCUUUUGCUAAUUCUUAAUUCAUUACCUGUGCACUUAAAGAUUCUGUCCUAUUGUGAAACUGCUACUUCAUAGUCUUAAAGAGGCUUAGAUGUGCAUGUAUGGUGACCUGAAAAGCUAGUUUUUAGACCAAAUGUGUGUUGAAGGGUUUUGCUUUUGAAAAUGCCUUUAUGAAUUCAAUUUUGUUACAAUAAAUUUUUGAUGUAGAGAUAUUCAUAAAUAUCUACCUGUUUUAUAUUAAAAAUAUCCGGUUUGCGUUCAGUAUUUCUAUAAACAACAGAAUGGAACAAAAAAUUAUUUUUGUAAAUAUUUUUGUCUAAUGUGUUACGGGAUGAAGUAUUUAAAGUGUUAAAAAGUAGAAGCCUUCCAAAACUAAAAGAAA